ACUCCGCAAUGACAGUUGGAGAUACAAGAUAGCCGUGGCUAUUCUGUGUACUAAACAUAUAAAUACAUGCAUCGAGCGAAUAUCUGUAUUUUUCAGCUUCAAUCACUAUAUCUCCAGUUCAUCUACUUGAUACUUCAUCCUGAAUCAUUUCAAUCAUGACCCAAGGCAACCCAAUUCCUCAGAGCGCGAUGCUCCAUAGAGACACUCGCUUCAUCCCAAAGAAAGCCAUCAGCAGCAAGGGCAGCUACAUCUAUCUCGAGGAUGGACAGAAAUUCCUCGACUCAACCGGUGGUGCUGCCGUCUCUUGCCUGGGACAUGGCAAUGAACAGGUGAACCAGGCAAUCGUGGAUCAAAUCAAGCAGAUAUCCUACUGCCACACUGCCUUUUUCGGUACUCAGGUCUCUGAAGAUCUUGCUUCGUUCAUGGUUGAUUCAACGGGUGGGAAGCUCACUAAGCUUUUCGUGGUCAGCUCUGGCUCCGAAGCAAUCGAAGCGUCACUCAAACUCGCCCGUCAAUAUUUCCUUGAACUACCAUCCCCUCAACCCCAACGUACUCGGUUCAUCGCCCGUUUACCAUCUUACCAUGGAGCCACAUUGGGCGCUCUGAGCGCAGGUGGUCACGUCCUUCGACGACAGCCUUUCGAGCCGAUACUCUCGCAGAACACCUCGCACAUCUCCCCAUGUUACGCCUACCGCGACAAGAAAGAAGGCGAAUCAGACGGAGACUACGUUGCCCGUCUUGCCGCGGAGUUGGAUGCAGAAUUCCAGCGCGUAGGACCGGAGACUGUUUGUGCCUUUCUCGCGGAGCCUGUUGUCGGUGCGUCCAUGGGCUGCGUCCCUGCCGUCCCCGGGUACUUCCCCGCCAUGAAAGCCGUCUGCGAGCGCCACGGCGCGCUCUUCAUCCUCGACGAGAUUAUGAGCGGUAUGGGUCGCUGCGGUACCUUGCACGCAUGGGAACAAGAAGAUGUCGUCCCUGACAUUCAAACCAUCGGCAAGGGUCUCGGAGGCGGAUACGCCCCUGUUGCGGGUAUACUGAUUGGCGAUAACGUUGUGCAAGUGCUAGACAAAGGGUCUGGUGUGUUUCGACAUGGACAGACGUACCAGGGUCAUCCUGUUUCGUGUGCUGCUGCGUUGGAGGUGCAGAGGGUUAUCAAGAAGGAAGGGUUAGUUGAGAAUGUGAGGAAGAUGGGCGCUUAUCUUGAAAGUGGGCUUAAGAGUCGACUGGGCUCUCAUCCUAAUGUUGGAGAUAUUCGAGGAAAAGGGCUGUUUUGGGGGAUCGAAUUUGUCAAAGACAAACAAACCAAAGAGCCAUUCCCCGUGGAAGCCAGCAUCGCUUUCUUGCUCCAAGAGACGGCCUUGAAACCCGCCUACUCUAUUUCCCUAUACGGUGCUACGGGUUGUGUAGACGGUGUCCGCGGUGAUCAUGUCAUCCUGUCGCCGCCGUACAACGUGUCUAAAGAGGAAAUUGAUAUCAUUGUGGAUACGACGGCGAGGGUUAUCAAUGAUGUUUUUACCAAGAUUGCAGUGGAGUAGGCGGUUUUUAUGCUACGUGGGCAACGCAAAGCUAUGAGAUAAUUGACUGGCAAAGUAUUUUGCAAAUGAUUAUUAUCGAUUAUCCAGUCUAGACAGACUCGCAAUAGUCUCAGUGAGCCCCAAAAAUAGAAUGCAGAUUCUAAUCAACGUAAAAGCCA